AUGGAGAAUCAAGAUCAAAUCUCUAACACAGCUGUGUACCUGAAAAAUUAUCCAAAUGUGAAAGCAUUCUUAGCUGGUUCAUUUUCUGGAAUGAUCUCUGCAAUUUCACUACAACCUUUUGAAGUAAUCAAGACUAGACUUCAAAAUCCUUUAUACAAACAUAAAUCAAAACACAGUCACAGUGGACCAGAAAAUAUAAGGCAUAUUCUCUCAAACAUUCUUAGAGAAGGUCACAUAAGAGAACUAUGGAUAGGAACUUGGCCUUCUCUUUUACGUACUGUGCCAGGUGUUGGAAUAUACUUCUGUUCAUUGAAUUUCAUGAAGUCUCACUUCUUUAUUGACAAAUUACCUAAUCCAUUGGAGAAUAUAGCUAUGGGUGUGAUAGCUAGAUGUACAGGUGAUUCAAUUUUGAUGCCUUUAACAGUAGUGAAAACAAGAGUUGAGAGUGGAAUGUAUAGUUACAGAUCAGUAUUUUAUGCUAUCAAAGAAAUACACCACACAGAAGGAGUUAGAGGUUUGACCAGAGGUAUUGUGCCCAUGCUCAUGAGAGAUAUGCCCUAUUCUGGUUUAUAUUACAUGUUUUAUUCCCAAUCCAAGCAGCUGGUACCCAAAGAUUUUUUAAACUCUUCCUACUCAUCUCUGAUCCAUGGUGCCUGUGCAGCAUCGUCCAGUAUACUUUCUUCAAUCAUUACCCACCCACCAGAUGUACUAAAGACAAGAAUGCAGCUCUAUCCCUAUGAAUUCAAAGGCUUAUGGUCAGCAAUUGUUCAUAUUAAAGCACAUGAUGGCUUUUUUGGUUACUUCAAAGGCUUUUUACCAAGAAUGAUGAGACGAUCAUUUGUUUCAGUCAUAUCUUGGACUGUAUAUGAAAGAAUAUCAUAA